AUGGCGGAGGAGAAAAUGGAUGUGAUAGCGAUACAAGAAACCCAUUCUAAAGACAACAAUAUGACCAACUUUAAUAAAUUUAUACUAUAUAGUUCGGGCACUGUUCUAAUAUGCACUACUUUAAAUUGUUGGUCAGGAGUUUCCUUCCUAAUUAGUAAGAGAGUGCAUAAAUUUGUAGAUAAAUUUGUCCCCAUUUCCGAAAGGUGUUGCCUAUUGUAUUUAAAUACCUAUUUUAAACGAACGAUCCUAAUUAACGUUUAUGCUCCCCCCAACAGAGAUAUUAGGCUUUCCUUUUUAGAACAUCUUCAAAACAUUGUACGCUCUCUUCCUAAGAGCCGCAACUGGAUAAUCUUGGGGGACUUGAAUAUCAGGAUUGGGAAGGAGGAGUUUUACAUACAUGAUGAAGUAAUUGGGAAUGCGGCCAUUCCCCAACCAAAUCGCGAAGAUAGUAGAAAGCUUUUGGAGUUGUGUAGGAUUUCCCUCAAAAUCGAGAACACUUUCUUCUUUCAUAAUGAAAGUAAUACUUUAACUUAUAGGAGGAACAAUAUUACUUCUCAAAUCGACUUUUUCAUUUCCAACAUUCAUGGUUGGUUUACUGAUGUAAAAGCAAUGCGGAACAUAAAUAUUUCAGAUCACAAGUUAAUCAAAGCGAACCUCCUCAUAAAGAAUUUAUGGGGGAACUCUCAACGCCUCUCCUAA